GUUGAUAGUGUGAAAAUAAAAUCUAAUGCCAAGUGAUAGAAAUAUAGCCAGGGCUUUAAAGAUUCCGCCAUUCAUAAAUAAGUUAUAUUCAAUUGUGAAUGACGCUAGUACGGAUAAGUACAUACACUGGUCAGAUGCAGGAGACACGUUCUUUGUACCAAACCCAGAAGGAUUAGCUAGGGAGGUCUUGCCGAGGUACUUCAAGCACUCGAAUUACAGCUCAUUUGUCAGACAAUUGAAUAUGUACGGUUUCAAUAAAGUACCACACGUACAUCAAGGAGUCCUUCAAUCAGAUGGCUCAAGCACGCAGGAGCUUUGGGAAUUUACGAACGAGAACUUCCAGAAAAACAAGCCGGAUUUGUUAGUAGAAGUGCACAGGAAGGUAUCUACAGAGAAGAAGGGCGUUGGAAUUAAGGCUGAGAAUGAGCAGCAGCUUACUAGCUACGUAGACCCUUCGACUUCAGCUCCACAGAGCAGCCACUCGAAUCAGACAAUUGAUGUCGGUACAAUAAUGGCCGGUUUUACUCAAAUCCAAAAACAACAGGCCUAUAUAAGCAGCGCGUUACUCACACUUCAGAAUUCGAAUCAACGUCUAUGGCAGGAAGCCAUAGCAGCGAGAGAAAGGCACAGACAUAAUGAAGAAACAAUAAAAAAGCUCCUACAAUUCGUUAGCCAAGUCUAUGCCCAAGAUAUUACGCCCGCAAAUGCCUCAACUAACAUUUUUGAGGAUUUACCACAAGACAGUGACAUGCAAUUGGCCCUCAUCCCUAAAAAGCGUCAACAUUUAAUGUUGAACAACCAAUCAAGUGAUAAGGACGCAGAAGAGGAUAUCUCUAGGUUCACUCAUAUAAGUCCAGAAUCUCAAUCUUCUCCGGCAACCGGUGGAACUGAAUUUGUAGAUUCAAAUGGCAGUCUGAACGACCAAAAGCCAAAAAUAACCAUACCAGAACCUAAUAAGGAUGGAUUUGACAAUUCUAAAUCAUUAAUAUCUCCAAAUCAAUUAGAUCUAUCACAAUUCGCUAAUUUGUUAUCACCUAGGACGUCACAGAGACUGAUAAAUGGUAAUGAUUAUAUGAGCUACAAUCCAACGAGUUAUUUACCAAAUAAUGAAGUUGGUUCUUUAAAUGAAAAUCAAAUUGGCACACAACGUAAUCAGUUGAACGACUUGUCUUACGAUUUAGAUGCAUUACAACAAUCUAUAAACAACGUCGUCAACAACAUCGGUUUAAAUCCAUCACAAGCAAAUGAAAUUUUAAACGCUUCUCAUAAUGUUUCCGAUAGUCAGGAGAUGUCAGAUUUGAUAAAGAAUUAUGAUUUAGACCUGGACAGUCUAUUGAAUAAUAUGAACAAUGAGACACCACCUACUAAGAAUGAAGACACCAAUGAAAAGAAAUCAUCAUCACCACCCCCAUUCAAUUUCGUCGAGGAAGCAACAGACGAGCAGAACCAACCAAUCGCAAAGAGACAACGUCAAUAG